AUGGCCCCGGCUCUUCGACACCUCUUCCCCCGCCGUGACUUUGACCCAGGGGCUGCAAGCGCUGCUUUUGCGGAUGAGUGGUCUAAUCCGUCGAAUUAUGCCUUUACUAUCCUGCUCUUGAUCGGAGGCGACUUGAUCCACCGCGCUCUCGCACAGCUGGCGGGGGGCUGGAUUACUCCAGUUGCCUUCUCAUUUGGAUGGGUUUCUUAUGCGACCUCGUCCAUAUGUUCUGCGCUCGGCGAGUACAGGCUGAUGCCGGACGCCGACACAGCCUGCUGCCUUAUCAACGGCAGGAAUGGUUACGUCCGGGGAAACAACUCCUGGGUUCUCGGCCGCAUCAUGCGAGAUUACGAGUCCUGGAUGGGAAAGCCGGUCCAGGAGAAAACAGAGUCUCUCCUCCAGGCUCGCUGGGACUUUGACCGGCAGCGCGCGGAGAGAGAAUGCACCGGAUCGGGGAGCAGAGUACCCCGUCCUUCGCAAGCGGGAUUAGUCGUCAGUUUCUGGCAGCCAAGCACCAAGCAACCGCAUGGAGAGCCCGGCCACGAUCUGCUCCACUGGUCGGGCCUCAUUGUCACUGUGGUUCAACUGGGAAUCGCUGCCAUACCAUUGGGUCUGCGGGGAGAUUGGGGCAUCCUGAUGAUCACGGGGGCAGCCACCAUUCUCUGCUACGUCACCGGGGCGCUGGGGCAGUGGAAGGUCGAGAAGUGGGCUUGUCGCCGUCUGGACGCUCGAGACAAGAAGAACUUUGUCUUGACGCGCGGAAACGGGGCCCAGCAUGCGAUUGCCAUCAUCAGUCAUGGCCACGGACUGGACCUGGAGGACCUCGCUACGGGUUUUGCCAAGAUCGACUCCCCGUCCAUCACCGUCUUUGCGCAGCUGGCCACCAUCGGCCUGGGGGUCAUGUGGAUUGCGCUCCUCAUCACCGCAUCCGCUCUGCAAGAUGACUCCUGGUACUUGAUUGCUGUUGGAGGGAUAGGAAUGCUUCAGAACAUCCUUGUUGCGGGCUGGAAGCGGACCCCCGCUGCAUACGGUGUUCCUCUUGAGUUCAUUGGUGUUGUGGGUGAGGUCAAAGUAAUGAAGACUUUGCUAGAAGUGGAGAGGAGAUAUGAGAAGCUGGGGAAGAGUAUGAUCGGCACCUUUUUCCCUGGCGAUUUGCGGGAAAACGAAGUGAAGGAGUGGGAGGCCGUCGCGCAGGAAUGGAAAGAGAAAAAGGCCACCACUAUCAAGUCUGAUGAUUCGCAGGAGAAGUGA